UGUUUAGUCGUUUUAUCUUACGACGUAAAAUAAGUGCUGUAGAGAGCUAUACGAAAAUAAUGUCUAUUAUUUAUACAAUAGUGUUGAUAAUGGUUAUACAAAAAGCUGUUUGUUCUUUAGAAUGCACAGAUUUUUAUACAAUCCUUGAAGAAAGAUCGUGUGAUGCUGCUAACCACACCUUUAAACCUGGAAUUUUUUUUAGUGACCCAAUUACUUUCAAAACGUUGUCAAAAUAUGAAAUACCUUUCGACGACUGCACUGAUACUUUACCACAAGAAAACUGCUAUCUUCAACUCUCCUGUGACGUCAUAGAAACAAGUUGCGAAAGGAUAGCAACAAGUACAGUGGAAACGACAGAAACCACAAUACAUGAAACAGAGACAACUUCGGACACGACAGUCAGAGAAUACACAAAAUAUACAGAAACUACACCGACUUCAGAACAUACACCGACUACGGAAUAUACACCGACUACGGAAUAUACAUCGACGACGGAAUAUACGCCGACUACGGAAUAUAAUGAGAAAGAGACGGAUGGAAUAAAAGAGGACACCACGGUCAUUUAUGAGACUAAGGAACGGAAAAUUGAAGAAAGAGAGUUUUAUACGGCAUUUGAAGAAACUACAUGCCACGACCUAGGGCCAAUAACAAUAAUUAACCCAGUGCCAAUAUACAAAUAUUUAAAAAACUGGAACAUAUCAAGUUUGAUUGGCAACGACUGUGCAGAGGUGUACCCGUUAAAUAAUUAUUUGGAACUUUCUUGCGGUGAUGUUGUGACGUCGUGUCAGAAAAAAAGAACAACGGUAGAUCUAAACCCAAGUCCUUCAACACCAGAGAAUCUUGGCAAUACUCCAUCGACUACUACGAAUGUUUUGAUAGCUGUUGGAAGCGUUGCUUCAAUCGCAUUGGUAUCAUACGCAGGCUAUUGUAUAUAUCAAAAAAUCAUAGAUCAUAUCCAAAGUAACACUUAUCAUUUACCACAAUGAUUGGCAACGAAAACCUGAAGCCAUAUAACAUUUCUAUUAAAAAUUCUUCUUACGAAUUCGCUGUUUCAACGUCAGAGGAAACUUUAACAAAGAAAUGUCAAAGUUUUUAAGAAAUCUAUAAAACUGUACAGAAGCUAUGUUGAAAUAAAAAUUAAACAUACUUAUUUCCGUGAUAAUAAAA